AUGGUCCUGUUCGGGCGUGGAGCCGGCGUCGGUUGCUGCAGAGGUGAGGAUGCGAGCUGUGGUAGCGGCAGCGGUGCUGCGGAUGCGCGAGCAAGCAGGAGGUCGCGAGAGGAUCUGCUGGCGGAGCGGCGGUGGCGCGACGAUGACCGGCUGAAUCGCGAACCGGCGGGUUGCAGGCGAAGCGAAGGAGCUGCUGCAGGCGUCGGCGGCGGGGCUGGAAGUCGCGGCGUGACUGGCGGAGCAGCGGUGGCGGAGGCGAGCAGAGCAGCGAGGUGGCAAGACGCGGCGGUGGCUGGCGUUGCGGCGGCGCUGGUGGCGCAGGUGCGGUGGGCAACAGCGGGCACCGGUGGCUUCGGAGAAGACGAACUCAAGCACACCUUUAGAAGCAACGCUCCUCCGAUAGAUUAUUACGAUUUCUCAAAAGAAAUUGUUGCAAGUAUAGGAAGGCUUUCUUUGACUCUUGAAGUCGUCGGUUCUCUUUACGCCCGCACCAUCAAAUCGGAGUGGGACGAGACAUUGGAGGACUUAAAGCAAGUCCAGCAUAGAGACAUCCGAAAAGCACUGAUGAUAAGUUUCAACAAAUUGGAUGACAGAGAGAAAGCCAUAUUCUUGGACAUAGCAUGUUUUUGCAUUGGGAAGGAUAAGAGGAAUGCCUAUUACAUGUGGCAUAAUUGUGGAUAUUCUCCUUGCAGCGCGAUUCAAGUUCUUCUCCUCAUGUCGUUGAUAAAGAUCGAUGAGGACGAUAAGUUCUGGAUGCAUAAUGAAGUUCGAGAUCUAGGAAGGUACAUUGUCAAAGCAGACAAUGUCGAAAAUGCUGGAAAGCCCAUUUGGGCAUGGAUCGAUGAGAAUACUUUAGACAUACUAGGGAGCAACGAGAAAAAACCAGCUGUACGAGCACUCAGUCUAGGUAUUAGUCAUGAUUUCACCCCUGAAGAAUUAGCCAGUUUGCCAAUGCUAAGGUUCCUUGGAGGGGAAAGAACGAAUUUUGUAGGCGACUUCAAAAAUUGUCUUCAUAGACUAAGAUGGCUUUCUUGGUAUCAUUGCCCGUUGGAUUUUUCAGCAAUGAAUUUUCACCCAGUGAAUCUAGUCGUGCUCGAACUUUCGCGAAGUAACAUCACUGAUGACUGGGGUGGAUGGUUACAAAUCAAGAUGGCAAAAAAUUUGAAAGUUCUCGAUUUGUCACAUUGCAAAAAGUUAACCAAGACACCUGAUUUUUCCGAGUUUGGCAAGUUGUAGAAAUUGAUUCUCGCUGGGUGUGAGAAAUUGUCUAUGAUUGAUGGUUCAAUCGGUAAGCUAACACUGCUACAUAUUUUGAAUAUUGAUGGAUGCAUUACCCUCCAAGGGUUGCCCAAAGAAAUCGGUUCCCUAGAACGUUUGUCAGAGAUUAUCAUGCCCUCCAAAGGCAAGCCUUUCGAGCUUUCUGAGACACUAGACGGUCUAAAAUCUUUGAUGAGGUUUGAAGUUCAAAAUCAUGAUGGUAUCAGCCAACUUCCUGACUCUAUUGGAAGGUUAACGAAUCUCACGCAUUUGCUUUUGCCUGGAUGCAAGAGUCUAUAUAAGCUUCUGGACUCUAUUGGGGAACUAAAAUCAUUGGUUCACUUGGAUUUAGAACAAUCAGGGAUUAGGGC